AUCUCCCGAGUAUCGCUUCGUCUCGCUCAGUGUAGCUCGCGCCUCGCCCGCAGUCGCUGCGUCGCUCGGCAUCGCAUCGCAUAGCUGAUAAACUGCGCGCCGUUGAUAAGCCAUGACGAGACCGUACCGGGAAAGGCUGAUCAACGAGGUGAGGCAGUGUCCCGUGCUGUACGACACGGGCAACGAAAACCACCGGGACAUCAACGCCCGCGACCGCUGCUGGCAGGAGAUCUCAGCCAAACUCGGCAUGAACUGUGAAAUCCUGAAGCGGGAGUGGAAGAUUCUCCGGGACUCGAUGCGACAGGCGCUAAAGAGGACCCGUAACUCCAGUUCUUCAGCGGGACUGCCCGGCAAGAAGUGGCGCUUCCAGAGCCAGAUGGCGUUCUUGUUGCCCUACAUGACCAAGAGGACACAGCGCCAAUUCCGCGACUCCAUCAAGAUGGACUCGUCCGCGGAGCCCGAGCACUCGGAGCAGGAGCAGGACACAGACGUGUGGGACCCGGGGCACCCGCCCCCCGACCACGACUCCCUGGAGCUGUUCUUCGCCAGCGUCUGCCAGAGCACCAAGCGACUGCCACGAACAUUGCAGAAUCAGGUGAAGAGGCAAGUGCUGGACGCGCUGCUCAGGGCUGAGGACGAGCUCCACGGAGAGGACACGAAGGCGGAGCUCAGCAAACAAGACUUACACUUGAACUAGCCUAGGAUAGUAGUAUAAAAUAAUAGGAUAAUAAUUUAAAACAACACUCGUAUCUCAGACUCGAUUGGUUGAAUAAAGGGCUAAAUGAGAUUGGAAUAAAAAAUACACAUUUUGAAAAUGAGUAUCACAUUUCGCAGAAAUUGGUUCAAUAUUUAUUUGCACAAUUGUGAAAAUCCUGGUGCACUGGCUUUAUGGAUGGAUAAGGAGUAAAAGCCAUGACCAAGUGGAAGCCAAAUGCGGACUGGUGCAUUUUAGCGACUGCAAAUACAGUCGGGUACAGGAGCCUAAUACGAGCUUAUAUAAUACACCCAUUUUAGUCGAUCUAAUGACCGACUGUUGCGAAAGUGUCUCAACUCAACUGCUGCGACCGCAAGCUAAUGGAGGCUUCGAGCUCCUCCUCCUAGCUCAUUACCCCCUUGAAAAUGUCAGGCUGCGACUGCACCUGGGACUGACCUUCACCCUGAGCCGGAUCGAGUUUUUGGGAUCACUAGCCAGGGACAGACAACUAGUGUGACAAAUAUAUUAAUACACUAGCCAG